AUGUCAUCUCUUAAAAUUCGUGACUCCGCGUUAAAUGCAAUCAAACGCUACUUACAAUCUAGCAAAGUGGAUGCUCUAUCGGUGGACACCGAGGUAAUAUCUACUUAUCUUCAAUUGCUUGAAGAGCAGUGGACUCGCUUUUGCGAAGCACAGCAGGAAGUGGAGCUGUCGUGUGGGGAUGAGAACGCUUCCAUGGAGGAGCAGUCACGCAUACAAGGAGAGGAGUGGUAUAGCACCGCCAAGGCUAAUUUAAAACGCCUGUUAUCAGCUCAAAAGCAGCCAUCGCAUCAAACUUCCGUAAAGGUAGCGCCUACGCCCACGCCACUUCCUAAACUGCAGUUGCCGUCGUUUAAUGGCGACCCCACUCAAUGGUUGUCUUUUCACGAUGCUUUUUGCUCACUCGUUAAUGCGAAUGCGAAUUUGUCGAACGGACAAAAAUUGCAUUAUCUUCGGAAUUGUUUGAAAGGAGAAGCAUUAGAUUUGGUGAGCAGCUUAGCGGUGUGUGACAGCAAUUAUAAUGAGGCUUGGGACUUAUUGACCGCGAGGUACAAAGUCAUGCGAGUCAUGGUGGACAGCCACAUCAAAGCGCUAUCAUCAAUUGAGAAGGCAACCAAAGAUACAGCUAAAGCAAUCAAACACGUAUUAAAUGCUAUCCUUCAGCACGUUGGUGCACUGCGCGCACUCGGGCGUCCAGUUGAAUUUUGGGACGAUUGGCUCAUUCAUUUAACCGUAUCCAAGUUAGCAUACGAAACCCGCAAGCAAUGGGAGCUAUCGCUUGUGAUAGAUGAUCUACCAUCCUUCACCGCUCUUCGAGAGUUUCUCGAAACUCGUGCACGUUCAUUAGAGAUGGUGCCACAAGUAAGCGCUAGCACAAAAACAACAAAGAACGUUCUUCACACGGCAUGCAGUCAGUCGGAAACACGCGACCAUACAUCGGCCGCUACAAAAGUGUUGCAUUGUGCUCAUUGCAACGGUGAUCAUAAAAUCUACACUUGUCCGCAGUUCAGCCAACUCGACUCAAAGGGUAGAUUAUCCGCUGUCAACGGGCUAGGCGCAUGUGUAAAUUGUCUCAGCAAAGGGCACGUUCUCUCUAAAUGCCGCAGCGCAUCUUCGUGUCGUAUAUGUCAACACCGCCACCACACCUUACUUCAUGCAAACUUCCCCAACCAAACCGCAACACCUGCUAGCAGUUCAACCGGCCAGCCCGUCAACGUCACCUCACACCACGCUGACGCUGAUCGUGUCAUUUUGCUGGCAACCGCCGAGAUUGUGGUACAAGACUACGCUGGUCGUUGGCAACCCGCCCGAGCUCUGCUUGACAACGGAUCGCAUGCUUCAUUCGUCACCGAGGCGUGCGUCCAACGCCUACGCAUCCCCAGAACACCAUCAUCCGCUUUCGUUACGGGGAUUGGAUCACUACAAGGAGGUCGUACAAAGGGUGAGGUUACACUAUGCGUAUCGCCGCGAACCCUGGAUACCAAAUUUCAAGUGAGUACACUUAUCUUACCAACAAUAACUAACGAUCUCCCCACAACUCCUGUACCGACGUCCUCAUGGCCGCAUCUCACCGGCUUACCACUAGCUGACUUACAUUUCUCAAAGCCUGGUCCAGUAGACAUUUUAAUCGGCAUGGACGAAAUGGAAAAAAUUCUACUCAGUGGUCUGCGUAAAGGUGAACAGGGUACCCCAAUGGCACAAAAUACCGCGUUCGGUUGGGUACUGUUUGGGAACGCGACUAAUUUGCAACGGCCACCUUUGACAGUAUCGACUUUACAUUGCGAUACGCAGCUAACCCAACUUAUAAACAAAUUUUGGGAACUCGAAGAGUUGCCCCCUCGAAGGUUUUAUACACCAGAAGAAUCGUUUUGCGAAAAGCUCUUCGACGAAACAACCGAGCGGGCAGAAGACGGGCGUUAUAUUGUGCGUUUACCAUUAAAGACAGACGUCGUGAUCGGUGAGUCGAGAGCCGCAGCAGUUCGAGCCUUACUCCGCAUGGAAAAAAGGUUUUCCACUAACAAACACCUUCGCCAGGAGUACAGUAAGUUUAUGCAAGAACUUAUUGACAUGGGGCACAUGGAGUUAGCCGAGCCAGCAACAACCAACGUAUAUUACAUGCCACACCAUGCGGUAUUAAAGAACACAAGCGAAACGACUAAACUCAGAGUCGUGUUCAACGCAUCUAUGAGGACAUCAUCAGGUAACUCCUUAAACGACGCUCUCAUGGUAGGCCCGCAGUUGCAGCAAGACCUCUUCUCUGUUCUGACUCGCUUUCGUACUCACCGCUUUGGUAUCAUUGCUGACGUCGAAAAAAUGUACCGGCAGGUUUACGUGGCUAAGCAAGACACCGAUUAUCAGCGCAUAGUGUGGCGAGAGAACCCUUCACAGCCAAUGUCUGACUAUCGUCUCUUAAGAGUCACUUAUGGAGUCGCCUCAGCUUCGCACCUGGCAGUGAAGUCACUACAACAAGCCGCGCUCAACGCGACCAACACAAGUAAAAGAGUUGUCGAGGUUGUAAAGUCAGACUUUUACAUGGACGACUUAUUAACCGGCGCAGAUACGAUUCGUGAACUUACUGUACUUCAAAAAGACGUAUCCAGCGCGCUUUCUCAAAGCGGUUUCGAGCUACGAAAGUGGGCAACAAAUUGUCAGACGCUGAGGGAGCUGAUACCACAUGCAUCCAAACAAAUUUCACACCUUUUAGCCGAUGGAGAUGAAAUUCGCACUCUAGGUACUACAUGGCACACAAACAACGAUUGGCUUUCUAUAGCAGUUAAUCAAGAAGCUCUUCCAAGCAAACUUACGAAACGUACCUUUCUUUCUGACUCGAGCAAAAUCUUCGAUCCUCUGGGUUUAAUCGCGCCAUGUACCAUUCGUUCAAAAAUUUGGUUGCAAAGGGUUUGGCGCUUAAACGUGGACUGGGACGAGCCGGUACCAUCAGACGUUGCCAAGGACUGGUUGACUCAUCGCAGUGAGUUGUCGAAACUCUCAUCGUUGAAACUAAAUCGCUGGUUGGGAACUAGCACAGUUUCAGAUUCCGAAUUCCACGUUUUCACCGAUGCUUCGGAAGUCGCUUAUGCAGCCGCUCUAUACUGUCGCACUCAAGUCCCAGAUGGUAAGGUUAAAGUCAUACUAGUUGCAGCAAAAACGAAGGUAGCGCCUCUAAAAACCACAUCGCUGCCGCGUUUGGAGCUUUGUGCAGCACAUCUAGGUGCAAAGCUGGUGCGGCAAGUCCAGUCAAGUUUGAACCACUCAAUCGGCAAGUUGUACGCAUGGACGGACUCCAUGGUUGCGUUGGCGUGGCUACAAAGCAAUCCAAGUCGCUGGGCUGUGUUUGUUGCCAAUCGCGUCGCCGAUGUACAGGAAGUUUUACCGGCCUCACAUUGGAGACAUGUAGCCUCAGAGCACAAUCCUGCUGAUUGCGCAUCGAGAGGUAUUACACCAUCACAGCUUCUUGCGCAUCCCUUGUGGUGGCAUGGGCCACCUUGGCUACGGGAGGGCAAUAGUCAUUGGCUGAUAUCCGCACAAAAGCAUACCACAGAGCUCGAGUUAAAAUCAAAGAAGACCGUUGCGAAUCUAACACAAACCGCUGACGAAUGGGACCUGUUGACCAAAUAUCAUUCAUUUGACAAACUUAAACGCAUAACCGCUUAUCUAUUGCGCUUCGCCAACAACGCACGCAUCACCGCUUCACAGUCUGGUGCAGGGGCACUAAACACGGGCUGUUUAACUUGUGCCGAGAUACGAAGUGCCGAAGUAGCAUUGGUAAAGUAUACCCAGUUUAAUUGUUUCGAACAAGAAAUCUAUAAUUGCAGGUUUAACAAACCUGUACCGAUGCGAAGCAGCCUAGCACGAUUGCAACCGUUUCUAGACUCAAAGGGUAUUCUACGUGUAGGAGGCCGCAUCAAAAACGCCGUGAUUUCAGACGAUGUCAAGCAUCCUAUAAUAUUGCCGAAGAAAUCGCCGCUUGCUAAGGUAAUCGCUGCUGAGAUACACAUCACAACAUUGCACGGUGGACCGCAGAUAAUGCAGGCCGUACUUCAACGGCGGUUUUGGGUACCCGGUAUUCGAAACCUUGUUCGUGGAGUAUAUCGCCAUUGCACGCGUUGCAGACGACUGAGCUGCAAGCCAAUACAGCAACUCAUGGCUGACUUACCCGCAAGCCGCGUCACCGCUACGCGUUGCUUCCUACAUAGUGCGGUCGAUUUUGCUGGUCCUUAUGCCUUGAAAUUCACGCAUGGAAGAGGUGCUAAAUCCACGAAGGCGUACAUCUGCUCAUUUAUAUGUAUGAGUACUGGCGCAAUGCAUCUCGAGCUGGCUGGGGACCUCUCUUCAAUCACCUUUAUUGCCGCCUUUAAACGUUUUACCAACAGAAGAGGCUACUGUCAGCACAUUUACUCCGACAACGGCACUAACUUCGUGGGUGCAGAGAAGGAGCUGCGGAUCGCAUACGAACGCUGCAUCAAUGACGACAAGGUGUCAACAUAUUUUGCCGACGCUCAAACUACCUGGCAUUUCAACCCCCCGAGCGCCCCACACAUGGGUGGCUUUUGGGAGGCUGGUAUAAAACGCGUUAAGUACCAUCUCAAACGAGCACUGGGCCCUUCGCAUUUAACUUACGAAGAGUUUGCAACAGUAUUAACUGAGGUCGAAGCCUGCGUAAAUUCGCGUCCUAUCUGCUGCAUCCCUACCGAAGUAAACGACUUGGAGGUCCUCACACCAGGGCACUUCAUAGUCGGCGAACCACUAAAGGCGCUUCCCGACCCUGACGUUGAAGUCUUUAAAGGAACUAUUUUUCAACGUUGGCAAUUAAUCGCAUCAAUCCGGCAGCAUUUCUGGAAACGAUGGCGGGACGAAUACCUUGUCAGACUUCAACAACGCUCAAAGUGGUUACGCUAA